UAACAGCAUCUGCCCUUUCCUUUCGAGGUAUCCUGUUAGGGGCCCGUCUCGCCGGAUGCAACCCCGCAUCAAUGCCCUCAAAGGGGUUAGCUACUCGCAGCUAUGGAGCGCCUCACGGUGGUUACCACCUGCUUCACGGGUCCACCCAGCCCCGUCCAAGCCGUUCGAGGCCAACCAUGGCGUCCCGGGCAAGAGCUUCAAAGGGGACCAUGAUCCCGACCAUGCGGGCCGGUGGAUUCUCUCUUCAGCUUGUGUUUCCUGA